AGGACUCUGCACUCUCUCGCCCUGCCCAGAAGGCAAAGAGGCUGCAGGAGAGUCCUGCAGGCAAAGAGAUUCAGACGUGACUCCCGGGUCUAGAAGUUGAAAGCCUCUUGUCUGGAGACCAAAGGACCCCCUAAUCAAAGAGGGCUGAAUGGCCUUGAAGAACUUGCCCAGGGCCUCUUUUGCGAUUCAGUCAUAUGAAUGAAAAGAUCUUUGGGGUUCCUAAACACCCGUUGGCCCCGUUUGGAGCUAUGUUGGAGAACGGAGAAGAAAUGGAGGCACAUUACUCAGUGGGCAAGGGCUCUUGGAAGGGGAGCUGUAUGGUAACCUGGGCAGCAGCUGGGCAGAAGACCCUGGAAGAGAAAAUAAUCAGCUCAGAGGUUCAGCGCAGGCUCUUCAGGAGCACCCAUUACCAAGAGGCCAAGGGCCCCCGAGAGAUUUGCAGCCACCUCCACCACCUUUGCCAUCAGUGGCUGCAGCCAGAAAGACACACAAAAGCUCAAGUGCUGGAUUUGGUGGUCCUGGAGCAGUUCCUGGCCAUCCUGCCCGCAGAAAUGGAGACUUGGAUCCGGGAGUGUGGAGCAGAGACCAGCUCCCAGGCGGUGGCCCUGGCCGAGGGCUUCCUGCUGAGCCAGGCGGCGGAGCAGAAGGAACAUGUAGAGUUGCGGGUCCAGACACCCUUUGUAGAGGAGGUCGUCGAACAUCACAGGGGAAGUGGGGAUUUAUCAAAUCUGCCUCAGGAGCUGCUUUUUGGAGGGGUCUCUAAAACAGAACUAUGUCAGGAUACUGCAAAAGGGAAUAGAUCUAUGUCACUGGCAUUUUUAGGAUCAUCUCCUUUUUCUUGUGGAUCCAGAAGGGCAGCUGAAUUUUCAGCUCAGGGUGUUGUGUCCUUCAAGGAGGUGGCUGUGUAUUUCUCUAAAGAGGAGUGGACUCAGCUGGAUGCCCAUCAAAAAGCCCUCCAUGAGGAAGUCAUGCUGGAGAAUUCUCGGAAUGUGGCCUCUCUGGGAGGUAAAGGGCAAGAAAAUGAAAAUUGCAAGGAGAUCCUCCAAACUUUCAAGCUUGAAGAGGGAAAAGGGAUGUUUGCAAAUCAAAUGGAACCAAAAAUGCACGAGGAAAGCCACUCAAAAAAUGGAAGGAAACGAGGUUCUUCUUUUCAGUGGCCUCAAAUUCAAGAUUUAUUUGUACAACCAAACCACCAUCUUAAAAGUAAGGGAAAGUGUUUAGGGAAAGGUGGAGAAAUAUUCCAGGAUAUAUCAGAUUUAAAUAAAGCUUGCAGAACCCUAACCAAAGAAGGGAAGUAUCAGUUCAAGGAGGAUAGAAAAAGUUGCAAUCGUACUUUUGCUCUCUCUCUGCGUGAAAGAGUCAGCAUGGGAGAAAAACCAUAUAAAUGCAUGGAAUGUGGAAAACACUUUAGCAAUAGCAGUUCCCUUACUUGCCAUAAAAGGAUCCACACUGGAGAGAAACCAUAUAAAUGCUUGGAGUGUGGAAAGAGUUUCAGUAGUAGCAGUAACCUCACUGCUCAUAAAAGGAGCCACUCAGGAGAGAAACCAUAUAAGUGCCUGGAGUGUGGAAAGAGCUUCAGUACGAGCAGCAGCCUUACUUCCCAUAAAAGGAGCCACUCGGGGGAAAAACCAUAUAAAUGCCUGGAGUGUGGAAAGAGCUUCAGUACAAGCAGCAGCCUUACUUCCCACAAAAGGAGCCACUCGGGGGAAAAGCCGUAUAAAUGCCUGGAGUGUGGAAAGAGCUUCAGUACAAGCAGUUACCUUACUUCUCAUAAAAGGAUCCACACAGGAGAGAAACCAUAUAAAUGCACAGAGUGUGGAAAGAGCUUCAGCAACAGCAGUAGCCUUACUUCCCAUAAAAGGAGCCACUCAGGGGAGAAACCCUAUAAAUGCAUGGAUUGUGGAAAGAGCUUCAGGAAGAGCAGUAACUUUUCUUCCCAUAAAAGGAUCCACACAGGGGAGAAGCCAUAUAAAUGCAGGGAAUGUGGAAAGAGCUUUAGUCAGAGCAGUGACCUCAUUUCCCAUAAAAGAAUCCACACAGGGGAGAAACCAUACAAAUGCAUGGAGUGUGGGAAGAGCUUCAAUACCAGCAGCAACCGUGCUUCCCACAAAAGGACCCACACAAGGGAGAAAAUUUAUAAAUGGAUGAAGAUGCAUUUUAGCAAAAGCAGUAGCCUCUCUAAACAUAGAAGGAUCCAUACAGGAGAAAAACCAUAUAAAUGCAUGGAAUGUGGUAAAAGCUUUAGGAAGACCACUACUUUUAUUUCCCAUAAAAGGAUUCAUGCAGUGGAGAAACAUUAUAAAUUUCUGGAAGGUAAAACUGGGAUCUAAAAAACACCAUAAAAGGUUCCAUUUAGGAAAGAAAGCGUAUCAAGGCAUGGACUAUGGAAAGAGCUUUAAUUAAAGUUCUCGUCUUACUUCCCCUAAUUCAGUCCACAUAGCAGAAAAACUGUACAACUGCAUGGAAUAGAAAAAGAGCUUCUGUUAACAUGGGUCCCUUCCUAGUAUUGAGAAGAAACAGUGGGGAGAAAGUAUACAAAUACAUGGAAUGUGAGAAGAGCUUCAGUAGAAGCAUUGGACACGCUGUCCCAUUAAGGCUCCAUAGAGGGGUGGGAAUAUGUGGUGCGUGGAGAGAGCUUCAACAGAAAGAGCAACUAUCCUUCCCACACAAAGGACACCAUAAAUGGAUGAAGUGUGGAAAGUGUUUCCAUACAUGCAGCCUAUAGCUUCUCGUUAAAGAAUCCACAGUGAAGAAAUUGUAUAAAUGCACCAGCAGUGGGAAAUGCUUAGAUUCCAUACACAUUUUUCCCUCGAAACGUAUUCAUUUGUUACAAUCUAGAUAUGUUGUGGAUGGAUAUGGUGAUGCCUUUUUUUCUUGGUCAUUGUCUUUAGUGUUAAUAAUAACUCAUGGCAUUCUCUUUAAUAACAUGUUAAUGGAUUGGCAUGUUUUGUGUAGUCCAGAAAGAUUUAAAAGGAUGGGAACAGAAACUGCAGCUUUUAUGGAAACAUUUGGUAGACAAGAUUUAGGUGGGUGGCCAUGCUAAGUGCUCCUACUCCUAGUGUAGCAGGUGGAGGCUGUGUCCAGGGGCAUCCCACCCUCCCAGGAUCAUGAAGCCCUGUCAACAGUGACUCAUGCCCUUAUCAGCACGUGCCUGGACUUCUGCUACACAGUCUCUGUAGGACUGUCUUUGAAGAUGAAUCAGAAGCUGCAGUUGGUGCAGAACUUAUCCUUUGGCCCCUGCACUCGCUAUCUAUGACAUUCCAAAUCCAAUUCCAUUGCUCCUUUUUACCUAUAUAACCCUGCACCGCUGCACUGAGUUAUCUGAGAGAGCACAUCCUCCAAAAUUCUUCCAUUCUGUAAGCUCCUCAGGAGUCCCAACCGAGAAGUAAGGGGUCCCAGUAGAAGCAAAUAUGUGUAGCUCAGGGUUGAACUCCGGAGUCCUUGGGGUUCUCUGAGCUUGGUUCUUUUCUUGC